CCUUUCACAUCUCGUACUCCGUAAAUCUCCACUCCCAAUUUUAUCCCCAUUGAAUCAUUUUUCCCGUAUUCCCCUAAAUUGUUCCUGGAUUCAAAUCUCUUUGCCACACUUAAUGCGACCUUGUUAAAUCCCCUAACCUCCAUACUUCUUUCUCGACACUCAUUUGUCAUUUUUUUAAUCUUCAAAUAAGAGCAUAACCAAAAACCAUAUUCAUUUCGAACCACUUCGAAAAACAAGUCACUCGUUAAAUUUAUUUCUUUUCUAUUCUUUUUUAACCAGGACAUCUGCAGUGCUGCUAGAGAAGAGAAAUUACAUCACCAAUACACUCGUUCCUUCUCUCCUAAAACUUAUCUGAGACAGAAUUAGAUUCGACCCUGUUGUCUACCCUUCACCUACCUCUUUGAAUGGGACUGGAUAUUUAAAUUUCAUCUCAUCAAAAAUCAUCUCUCAUCCAUCUAUCGCCACCAAAAUUAACAUUCUAGCAUACACACAUUGGUAUUCCAGUUACCAUCAUGAAGUCCUUUGACUUUGCUUCAGCUGCCGCUGUGGCAUUGACCGGCGCCCUUUUCGCGUCGUCUGCUGCCGCUGCUGAUCUCCCCUCUAUCGUCAUCAAGGUACGCCAUGCAUCUCUCCAUCCGACGUUGUUUAAAAUGAGUUCAAAGACUGAUCCAUACACUAGGGCUCCCAUUUCUUCUACGAGAAUGGCACCGAAUUCUUCAUCCGUGGUGUAGCAUACCAACAAGACGUCAACGCCAACACGACAUCCGGUGCUACCUUCACGGAUCCUCUUGCAGACGAAGCUGGGUGCAAGCGUGAUAUUCCUAUUCUCCAGGAGCUUGGCACCAAUGUCAUCCGUGUCUACGCCAUCAAUUCCUCAUUGGAUCACUCUGUUUGUAUGGGCUUGCUUAACGAUGCUGGAAUCUAUGUUAUCCAAGAUUUAUCUAACCCAUCUUCCUCUAUUGAUCGAAGUGACCCAGAAUGGAACACUGAUCUCUAUGCCACCUAUGCCGGUGUUGUUGAGUACGUAUAUCUUGAUAUUUGUCAACUAUUUUACUACCAUGUCCAUGGUCCCCUUCUUCUCCGCUUAAUGUCAAAGCUAGGGCUUUUGCAUCUGUUGCUGUCGAGGACACUCUGCUAACAUUUCCGUCUUCCAGUGCCAUGGCUCAGUACACCAACGUUCUCGGUUUCUUUGCCGGUAACGAGGUAUCCAACGACGUCAACAACACUAACGCCAGUGCUUUCGUCAAAGCUGCCGUCCGUGACAUGAAGGCUUAUAUUAAGACUAAGAACUACCGUACCAUCGGUGUUGGUUAUGCUACCAACGAUGAUGCCAACAUUCGAAUUGACUUGGCCCACUACUUCAACUGCGGUGACGCGGAUUCUGCCAUCGACUUUUGGGGUUACAACAUCUACUCGUGGUGCGGUGAUUCUUCCUUUACUAAGUCAGGAUAUGAUCAACGAACGGCCGAGUUUGCCAAUUAUUCUGUGCCUGCAUUCUUUGCCGAGUAUGGUUGCAAUGUGGUCCAACCACGUGAAUUCACUGAGGUCGGGGCAAUCUACGGUGAUCAGAUGACCGAAGUCUGGUCUGGUGGAAUUGUCUACAUGUAUUUCCAAGAGGCAAACGAUUAUGGUGAGAUGUGAUCCAUUUAUUUUGAAGCAAAAUCUAACCGAAUUUAGGUCUUGUAUCCGUCUCGGGAGAUACCGUCAGCAAGCUUCCAGAUUUCACUGCCCUUUCGAAGCAAUUGGCUUCCGCCACCCCUAGCGCCACCAACUCUGCCUCCUACACUGUUACCAACACAGUAGCACAAGCAUGCCCAGCAACUGGUACCGCCUGGGCUGCAUCUAGCAAUCUUCCUCCUAUCGCAAACGCUGAUCUUUGCGAAUGUAUGGUCACUUCCUUAUCCUGUGUUGCCAACAGCGGUAUCUCUGGUAACUCCAGUGCCGAUCUCUUCGACUACGUUUGUGGUUUGGACAGCGCCGCCUGUGAUGGUAUUUCAAAGAACGCUACCACUGGAGUUUAUGGUGCCUACUCCAUGUGCACAAGCGCUCAACAGUUGUCUUUCGUUUUCGACCAAUACUACCAAAAGCAGAACCAGGCAUCCACUGCCUGUGACUUCAGCGGCAAUGCUAAGACUCAAUCUGGCUCGCAAAGCUCGAAGUGCUCUACCCUUUUGAGCCAAGCCGGAACUGCAGGAACUGGUACUGUUACCAGCGCACCAACUGGUACUGGAUCUUCAAGCAGCUCAUCACAUUCAUCGACCUCCACCAAGAAAAGUGCUGCCGGGGCUACUAUCGUUCCACGCUUCGACUUGGGCUUGCUGCAGUUGGGUGCCUACCUCGUGGUUGCUGGAAUGACUGGUGCUGGUAUGGUCAUGUUGUAGAUGUAAAUAUUUGGCAUGAUGUAGCAGCUGCCUUUUGGCUACUUUUGGAUGGAGGCAUGAAGGUUUUACUUUAUAAAUUGACGCGAUAGUAAUAAGCAUUGCUAUUCAUUCUUUGAUUCUCAUUUUUUCGUCGGAGUCAUUUGAUUUUUCUCGAUGUCACCUUGAUACCAAUCGAAGAUCAUAAUUUGUAUAUUAAAUCAUAAACUGGGAAAAUUUUGGAGAGUGUGAAAAGAAACUACUUACCCGUUGUAUAAUCUAA